AUGGAACUAAUAUAUAAUAAGAUAGAUGUCAUAUUCAAAUCGAUCGAGGAUCUCUUCACGGUUACGAACACCAUCCAACGACGAAAGGAGUAUGUCGAAGAAGCUGUCGUCGAACGCAGUGUAUCGUAUGGAGGGUUGUCCUUUGAGGACACUGCUGAUACUGAGAUUGAUACCGGUGAUAUCGAUAAGUACAUCGACGAGGCUUUUCAGUGGCUAAAUUGCACUAAAGUCAGCAUUACCGCUAAAAGUGCGGAUACAGAGAAUGCUACGAAGAAUUCUGUGACUGCGUUAGUAAAUAAGUUCAUUAAAAUUUUAAAACGACCAGCUCUUCGAGGGCCUAGACGUGAGAGAAAUGAUAGAUUUAAAGACUUGACAGAUUACUGGAGAUGUAAAUCUUGUCACCAGGACCUUUAA